UCCGAAGAACAAACUCUCUGCCAGCUCUAGCCGGCUCGCCCUGGACGUUUCCGUAGCCGCGACUACGCUAUACACCGCGCGACAUCACCACAGCUAGUUCGUGGUGGACGUCAAGACUCAAAAUGUCGGGCUUCGGCAGGUCAAACUCCCUCAGCAUAAACACAAGCCAAACAAACUCCUUGUUUAAUUCUGGCGCUGCCGCACAACCCCAGCGAGGCAACUCUCUCUUCGGUUCGACGACAAACACUGCGCAAACUAGCGGACUCUUUGGAGCUCCGGCAGCUACUACGCAACCUCAAACCGGCGGACUGUUCGGUGCUUCGACAAAGGCACCCAGUACAGGUGGAUUAUUUGGUAAUACAACGUCACAACCUCAGAGCAGUGGACUUUUUGGACAGACCACGUCUUCUGCGCCUCAGAGCGGAGGCCUUUUCGGUAAUGCCGCCAGUACACAAGCUCCACAAACGCAAAAUACUGCAACUGCAGGAAGCGGUCUUUUCGGUCAAUCUCAAGCUACAGGCACCACGGGUGGACUUUUUGGCGGAAACAAUACGGCACAGAGCCAACCACAAGCAAGCUCAUCCUUGUUUGGUGGAACGACGCUUGGUGGAGGUACCCAGACGCAGGGGCAACAAAGCGGUGGGCUUUUCGGGGGCUUAAACAAUCAAAACAAGCCGGCAACCCCGUCGUUGUUCGGUGCUUCAAGCACGACACAAGCCCAAUCAAAGCCUACUCUAUUUGGUUCUACACAACCAGCUCAGGCUACCGGAUCCUCGCUAUUCGGCGGCCAAAACAAUGCACAGCAGCAAAACGCGGGCGCAUCGACGAAUACUGUUCCGGGGGUGACGAUUGAUCUUUCCAAUCUCAGGCCAAGCACUCGGUUCUCCGACCUCCACGAAUCUCUCAAGAAUGAAAUAGUACAAAUGGAGAACUUCAUCCAGCAACAGCUACAGUACCACACUCAGAUCAGCGUUUUCCUCCCCUCCAUGCAAGAGAAGAUUGCGAGCGUAGCGCCAGAUGUCGAAUAUCUCUCGAGUCGACUCAACGCGGUGGAGACUGCUCUCGACAACGAUGCAAAUGAUAUUCACAAUGUGAAGUUGAGCGUGAAGCGGGAUGCAGAAGAAGCCAGGCUCUCCUUUAUGGCUAUUGAGCAAUUGAAAUUACCAUCCCAGUUCCACUACCCCGGAAAUUCUGGCUUCGGGACGUCCCUUCCGAGAUCCUCGCUGGCUGAUCAAGACAUCUCUUCGGCCGUCGAUAUGGCCUCUUACUUCGAGUCGAAGCAAGCUGGUUUAUCGGAGGCCAUCACGCAACAUCAGGCACACCUGGAGGAAAUCGAGUCACACUUGCAUACAGUCGAGGCUAGCACUAUGCAAAAGGCACGGGAGCUCACGGAGCUAAGAGAUCGCGGCGCUUCUGGCAUGGGCCAAACACCGGCCAAGCAUGACGGACUGAAAGAUCUUGGCAUGACUUUCCAAGCCUUUGAAGCGGCGAUUCUGAACUUAGCCACUAAGGUCGGCGAGACGAGGGAAGGCUUGAUCAAUGUUAUUCUGGGGAACAGGAAUGGUAUGUGAAUUGACCUUGGUACGAAUGCGGCAUAUGCAUACAGAGGCGUUUCUGGUGUGUGACUGUCUGCAAGAGCAUAGCUUAAUCGGUGGCUUGUAAAGCUGUAAAAUGUAACAAUAUGCAAAAUCUGCGUGAUUGAGGAUCAUG